CUAAUAAUCUCGCGACAACUAAGCUACAGCCGGACAAGAUUGGAAUCAACUUUUCUGUACACCUUGGAUCCCGGUAACAAAUUAUUGCUACCACAAUAUGAAUCCAGUUUGAAUGUUGCCCUCGCAACUAAUUUCAUCAGAAAGUUCUGAUUUUUCAGGGAGGUAAAACAGAAGCGCAGGAGAAGUGAAACAGCAGGGAUGUCGUUAGAACUGACUGUGAUAUCACCCGCCAGCAAUAGCAAUGGAUCUGCGCGAGAUCAAUUAGUUGAAAGAGUCCCUUCAAUCUGCAAUAACGAUGUGCCGGCCUGGUGGGAAUCCAUAGCCAGUGCGCGGUCUGCAAUUCAAACCCUAAUUUCUAUUCUCGGCCACAGCAAAUCUUUGGAUGCCCUCCUCGAUUCCGAACACCCAGGUAAAGACCUCCUCGACAGUCGCGAUGUGGCCCGAUCGAUCUCCGCCAGGCUCCACAAUCUCAACUCUGGUUCUGCCUCCGAUGCCCUUUGCCAGUGGUUUUAUGACACCUUCCAAAGCUCCAACCAAGAUUUACACUUGGUUGUGCUGCGCUAUGUUCCACUGAUUGCCGGCCUUUACUUGUCCCGCCUCUUUAAUCAAGCAAAGGCUGGCAUUCAGCAACAGCAUCAGCAGCAUUUAUCUGGUUUUGAGGCAGUGCUUUUGACCCUAUAUAUGGCGGAGGUUAAGGUACGAGGUGGCCGCCCAGUAGUAAUCACUGUGCCUGAUCUGAACCAGCCCAGCCUGUAUCAUGAACCUCGCUACCCCUGCCGCGAGGGAUCCCAAUGUGGCACUGUUGGCCAGCUUUAUGCCCCGUUGGAACCCCAGGUGGCAGUCAUGUCAAUGAAACGAGCUUCCAUCGUUGGGGUCACACUGGAGCUCUUUUACCAGAAGAUUGCUGUCAUGCCCGCCGCUGCCAAGAUUGAGGCUUGUGAGUUUGUUCAGGGCUGGGCCGGCCAAAACUGCACAUGCGUAUACAAGCUUGACAGGGCCGAUGAUGUGUCUCAGUCAAACGGGGAAUGCAGGACACUGACGCAGUUAGGCACCGAUGACGUGGCAUAUGAUGGCAGUAACUCGAGCAUCGAUGACGUGGCAAAAUUGAACAUCGAUGAUGUGACAUAUGAUGGCAAUAAUAACUUGAGAUUUGAUAGCGUGGCAUACAGAAGUAGGGGGACUCUUGGUGGUGUUGCUCCUCCUUCCUCUUCUUUGGUCAUUGACCGAGGCAGGACAACAAUUAGUGGUGGUGACGUGGCGUACGAGAGUAGUAGGGAAUCAGAAAUUGAUGAUGUGACAAAAUUGAGCACCAGUGAUGUGGCUUACAGCAAGGGAAGCCAACCUUUGAAUGGUGGUGCAGAAUUUGACAGGGGUAAUAAAUCACAAAUUGAUGAUGUAACAGAAGGGAGCACCAGGGACAUCUCAUACACCAAUGGCAGCAUGGCUCUGAGUCGGAAUCCUGCUGCCUCUUCUUCUUUGGUUAUUGGUAAAGGCAGGAGAACAUUUGAUGCUGAUGACAUGGCAUACAACAUCAGUAACAAAUCACAAAUUGAUGAUGGAACAUAUUUGAGCACCGGUGACAGCAAAUCUCUGGGUGGUGCUACUACUGCUGCCUCCUCUUCUUUGGUUAUUUAUGAAGGUAGGCUAGGCAGGGCCAGAGGGGAGAGAAUUCCCCUUCCAUGGGAGCUUUUGCAGCCCAUACUGAGAAUUCUUGGGCACUGCCUUAUGUCGCCUGUGAAUACUCCAGAAGUGAGGGAUGCCGCCUCCGUUGCCACCCGAAUACUGUUUGCCAGAGUAUCUCAUGACCUUGUCCCUGAAGCAAUUUUGGCCACCAGGAGUCUUAUAAAGCUGGAUAUUGCUGCAAGAGAAAGGGCCAAUUUUGUUGCCAAGUCAGCUGCUAAUACUGCUGCUGCCACUAGUACUGCUGCUGCAGGCAAGCCCAAGAAGCCUGAGGUUCACUUGGUGCUUAAAUAGUUCUUUUUGUUGUCCGUUUCCAAUUGUCUGAUUUGUUUCGAGUCCCAUUCUUUAAGAAGAGGGUUGAUUUGUUUGAGCACCCAUUCUCUAGGUAAAAUAAUAGAAGAGGGUAGAUAAAAGGAGGCAUUGAGCAAUUGAAUUUUUUUGUAGGAUAAACAUUUCUUGGGUCUUGUUUUGUUGCGAUUGCCUGAAUUGGGGAACUCCUGACAGGGCAGUGUCAUUUGUAAACAUAUGGCGUACUGGGCUGUGCUAGAUCUAGGUUUCCAUUCUUCUGUAAAUUAUGCCAAGGUUCUUUUCUUGAAAAUUGUUAGUGACAAAAGAUCGUUUGAGUGAUAUAGUAGUGAAAUGAUAAUGUUCUCAGCCUUGGUGGUUUCGCUUUGUUGGAUUUUUAAGUAAAGAUGAAACUCACAACAGUUUACUUCUCGAUACGGGUCCUUGACCAAGUGAUCAAUUGGGGUACUUGAAAAUACAAGCCAAACUGGUCUUCAGAAAGGUAUCUUCUUAUACAGAACUGCCUGUCACUUGUAACAUCACAUGUAGUGUGCUAUGCCUUCCAUUCUCUUUCUGCGUUUCAGUAAGUUUGAUGCAAAUUGUCCUAGAUAAAGGAUCAUUUGAGGGAUAAUUAUUAAUGCAAUAAUAUGGAGCUUUGCUCUUGGUAGUUUUUCUCUAUGGGACAGUGAAUAUGCGUCCUUAACCAAUAGACCAAAUUCAGAUCUUCAAUAGAAGGCCAAAUUUGGUUUCAGCAAGGUAUCCACUCUCCACUUCACUUGUUAGUUUCCACACGUGCACCCAUGAACUUGAACGGAAGUUGCUACUGUGUUAAGAUACCACGAAUUGGUGAGAAAGAGAUCAAACCAAGAUCUUCAUGGAGGUACCUGCUUUCCUUGUUAUUUAUUUAUACGUGCAGUCAUGAAAUUGCAAUAGAAUUGCUAGUCUAUAAAGAUAAUUAGAAUUAGGGAGGACAUGUGUUGAGUGCAGUUUUCUGUGUGUUACAACCUAGGGCUUGCAGCCAAUUAGUUUUUUCACACUGAACAUAUUCACAAAUUUCUUGCACCAGCUUUGAUAUAAUUUUUUCAACUCAAAAGUUGGUUAUAAAAGACAGUUUUGCUGUUCGUAAACACCUGAUGCUUCUAGUCAUGGGUUUUAUGCAUAAUUUAUUAUGCAUAUUCAUUGUGACAUGGUUGUAUCGAAUGUCACUUGAUUUUAUUGA